GCCCCGGCCAACGUUUUCUCCGUUGCUAUGCACGUCAACCACUACGACCUGGCAGUGGCGUACCAACUCGACGGAAGCAGUUGCGAUGAAUUUGACAUGGAGAAUGCACUAGUACAAAUCCGGAAGACCCUUACCUGCAAUCGGUAGCUCCAUCACCGUACCUGAUCAUGACCCCGGGUUUCAAGCAACCGAGAUGGAGAUUCCAGUAUCACGCACGUACCAAAAGAAUGAGGUAGAAACCUACAGGGAUAGUCAACCCGAGAAUAGAAUCGACAUCAUGACAGUGGGAAUAAGAAUGUCAGUAUAUAUAGAGCCAAUUGAGAAGACGAGGGAAACGAGGCAAUCGGAUGACAUUUCAAAACACUGCGUGGGAGACGUUCAAUAUCCACCCUCAGUUAAUGUCACCAGGUUGUGCUACGUAGCAAACGCACGUUGUCGAAAUGAUGAUCCGAGGAGCGUUGUAUAGAAAGAGGACUUCCUUCUUUGGUCAGAAAUGAACCGUUGAGUAUACUCUAAUACUCAGGUUGAAAAGAAUCGGCAUUCGUCCUCCAAAAGGUGCGGCGGACUUCCCUCUAGGCCAAUACUUCACAACCGCAUAAAUCAACACAAACAAG